CCGAACGUAUUGUUGAAAAUGAAUCUAUGAAAGCUAUCCGGGUGAAAAAAGGAUUAUCGAAGAUGUCAGAAGACAAUGUGAACUUGGCUAAGAAAAUGGAAGUCAUCUUUACUGCUCAAAAACUGAUUGCCGACAGGUUGCCUGAUGCAGAACGGAUGGAUAGGAAUGGAUUACAUAAUAUUCGGCAAGCAGGUGAUGAGGAAGCGAAAUGUAUAGUUAAAAAAGCAGAGGAAAAAGUGAAACAACUGAAGAUGAGGCAUUCUCCAUACCGGGCUGAGGCUCCCAACAGCGAUUCUCCCCCGCCCUACUCUUCAAUCACUUCCACAAAUUUCAGUUACUCUUCGCCCGAAUUACAAAUCUUCUACAGCAGACCCAACCAUCAGUACGAUCUCCCUCCAGCUGAGUCUAUGGAUCAAGACAACCUGGGAGCUGUUGGUGGUAGCGGUAUGAGAGUAUCUAAUUUAUAAUUCCACUCAAAUCAUAAAGUACUUUUCCCAAAUAUGGAUAAUUUGUAAUCAAUAACUGUCUUUGUCUCAAAUUAAGAUUUAUUUUUCUAAAGGUUUUUAUCUCUAAGUUUUUUAAUAGUUUUUUUAUAAAGUUUACAUUCGAUUGCUUAUUGAUUUCAUUAUUUUUGAUGCUCAAUGUUCAAAAUAUGACUUCAAGUUUUAACUUGAGAACUGAAUAGCAACCUAAAAUAUAUCGUUAAUUUUUGCGGUUGUGAGGAAUAACAACACAUUAAAAUGGUAUUUCACUUGUAAAUUUAGAAUCAUGUAUGAUUAUUUUUGAUUGCUUUGAUUAUAUUGAGAAAUACCGUAAAUAAAAUACAAAUGAAUUAAUAUCUAAUUCAAUAGAUAUAUCUUAUUACUUAAUUGAUUAAAAAAUAUUUAUUUCAAAUAAAUCAUAAAUUACAAUGUCUUGGAGUGGGAAAAUAUUUUGAAACUUGAGCUUUUACAAAUGAAAGGCCAUAGCCACCAUACCUUAUUGUAACUGAACUAUAAUGACUGAGCAUUAAUUAUAAGACUAUAAUUACUUAUAAACUUAUUUUUUGCUUGAUUCUCAUAUCAAUUAGUGUUGAAUAGACCAAAAAGUAGGAAAUUCUACUUUUUCACUCUUAUAAGUCUCUGUGAUGAACAUAGAAUUGAACCAUAAUUCAUAAUUAUGUAGUUUUAAAUUUUAUUAUGAAAAUAUUAAACUAUGGAAAUAGAAGCGGUAAGCUACAUGUGAAAGAAGAAUUCCAUAUUUAUAUAGCAACAAAAUGAAAUAGAAAUGAAUUUAUAAGCAUAAUCCAAUAGAAAUAUAUUUAUUGCCAUUUGAUUCAUUACAAAUAUCGGCCAUUGUUAUAGGUAGAUUAAACAUAAUAAUAAUUCAUUUAUUUGAUCCAUAGAUUCAUAUACAUGAGUAUAAGAUCUUGUCAAACAGAAAUUGUCAAGUACAGAGUAAAAAUUUUAUAAAUAUAAAAAUACAUCAAUUCAAAUCAAUUUGGGCAGGUACUAUAAACUAAAAUGUUAUAUCACAGUUGGAAUUCAAAAAUUCUUCUAUAGAGUAAUGGGGCCUUUCUACUAAAUAACUAAAUAAUAUCAUUUUUAAAGCUUUAUUAAAAACAUUCUUGGCUCCAGCAGGAAGCUUGUUGAAUAAAUUGACACCACCCACACAUCAUGUUUUAUAGGACUUGUCUGUUCUACAUCUUGGAAGAUGCAACAUCUGACUAGAUCGUGUAUUAAAACUAUGUAUCUGCUACCGUUGAACAUAAUACGACAUGUUCUUUUUUAUAUACAGAACAGAGCAUAGUAUAUACAAGUUGAAUACAGUUAAUAAACAGAGGUCUACAAGUCUCUUGCUGACUCUUAUGAAAAAUAGUUGGAAUUGCUCUCUUCUGGUACAGCAGUAGAUGCUUGUGGGCCGUGUGCUGUGUGAUCCUACAAAUGCAUGCCAUAAGCUAGAUGACUCUGAACUAGAGCAAAAUACACCAUUAUUGGAUGCUGGGUUGAUAGCUGGUCUCCAAGUCUUCUAAGAACAAACGUUGAUCUUGUACACAGAUUGUCUACAUGAACACUUCAGGGUCUAUGUUGAAACCGAGCAGAGCAGUCUUACUGCAGGUGCUUGGGGCUCAUCUACACAGCGCAGACUGCAUAUCAUUCUUGAGGUCUUUCCAAUAUUAAGUUUCAAUCCAUCAGUUUCAAACCACUCCUUAACUUCAUUAAAUAUGACUGUUUCCAUUUGAUGUAAUACAUUGCAGUCUUUGUGCCGUACAAUGAGUGUUUUGUCAUCCGCAUAUAGUAUAGGGCUUUGGGGUAAGACAUAUGCUAAAUCAUUUAUUGAAAUCAGGAAAAGAAAUGGCCCAAGAACAGAUCCCUGGAGGAAACCAUACCUGACACUAACCUCUUGAGAUGACUUGUCGCCAACACAUACUAUUUGUCUUCUGUCUUCCAAGUAUGAUUUAAUAAGAGCCAGUUCUUCACCUUUAAUUCCAUAGUGCUCAAGUUUCAUCAGCAGUAAUUCAUGCUGUAUGCAGUCAAAUGCUUUGGUUAAGUCGCACAUUACUAGCAUUGCAUAUUCUUUUUUCUCAAAAGCAUCCAUCACCAGUCUUACUAAAUGUUCAACUGCAUCUGAAGUUGACUUGCCAGCUGUAAAUCCGAAUUGCAUAGGAGACAGCAGCUCAUUUAUUUCAAAGAAUCUUACCAACUGCCUAAAAAGAAUUAUUUCAAAUAUUUUAGACAAUAUAGGGAUAAGACUGAUUGGUCUGUAGUUUCCUGCAUUACUCCUAUCCCCUUUUUUAAAAACAGGGAUGACUCUGCUUAUUUUUAAACAACCAGGAAAAACCUUAAAUCAUAUAAAUCUUAUGCAAAUAUUAAUUAAGAGAGUUAAUGGAUGAACUAUUGCAAGUAUGAUGUCUUUGAUGAAACAAUUUGAUAACCCAUAUGCAUCUACACUUUUAGAAUUUGACAGAGACCUGACUGCAUCAAUCACUUCUGAUUCAUUAACUUCAUUCCAAAAGAAAUCAUCUUCAGCACGACCAGCUCUUGAAAUAUAAUUCUGGCUGGAAGAUAAAUCACAUUUCGUGGCAGAUACAAUAUCUUCCACAGAAUCUAAAAAGAAAUUGUUGAAUACUUCUGGAUCAAUAUCAGGUGCAUUAAACGAACUUGUAUUACAUGCUUCUUUGACAAUCUGCCAUGCUGUCUUAGUGACAUUGCUUGAGGAUGCAAUGCGUCUAUUAGUUGCAUAUCGCUUAGCUUCCUUUAUCCUCUUAUAAUACUCAGCAUUCAACCUCUUAUAUAUCAUAUAUACUUCCAUUGAUUCUGUUUCUCUAUAAAACGAAUAAUAAUCUAUAGUGAUUUCCUUCAAGUUUCUCAAGGAAUCAGUAUACCAGUCUCUCUUUCUGUAACAUGCUUCCUGUUUUAUUUUUGAGAGGAAAACACAAGUCAAAAUAUUUCGUCAAUAUUUCAUGGAAAACACAAAAUUCCUGGUCAGGGUUUUGGCCCAAUAUAACGGUUGUCCAUUCAAUAAAACUCAAAUGCCUUUGAAAUUUUAUAAAAUUACAAGCUCGAAAGAUUCGUUUGUAGGUGGAAUAGUCAUUAUUAUAUACAGGUUCUAUCUCUGUUUCAAAAAUAACAACUUUGUGAUCAGAAAUUAUAAAAUCCUCGACCCUUACACUAGAUUCUGAGCGAUGAUUAGUGAGUAUAUAGUCUAAACAAGAUUUACCUCUUGUAGCCUCCAUUUAUUUGUGAAUUUAUCAAAUGAUUUAAGUAAGUUUAGUACAUUCCGAGAGCUGCUACAAUUAUUAACAUGAUUAAAAUCAAUGUUCAAAUCUCCACAUAAGAAUAUUUUUGUGUUAGGCUUUGAGUUAUUAUAUACAGUAUUAAGAACAUUUUCAAGUGAUU